GAAUAAAGAAGAAAACAUUUCCGGUUCCCCUCUCAGCUGUCAUGGUAGCUUCCAUAACAGUUACCCCUUAUGUCAUGUUUCUACUUAGUAGAUAAAUUGCAAAUUGGUACAAACCGUUUAGACAAAAUGCCCAAAUACUACGAGGAUAAAGAAGAUGACGGCAAGGCUUGCGCUGGAAUUAGAGAGGAUUUUAAAGCCUGUCUUCUUCAGCAUGACUGUGUCCUAAAGGAGGGAAAGAAACCCAGUGAAUGUUUGAAAGAAGGACACUGUAAGGGCUUGCAAGUCUCUUUCUUCGAGUGCAAAAGGUCGAUGCUGGACACAAGGUCUCGAUUCAGAGGCAGAAAGGGCUACUGACCAAGAGCUUGUUGUCGCCACAAUCUGAAGCAAUGUCAUGCGAAAUUGUAAAUAGUAGGCUAAAUGCCAGUGAGACUGAGAAAAUAAAACUAUCAUGUUUUGUAUAA